CUUCUUCUUCGAUGUCGCUGCCACAACUGGCCGUGCACCACGACAGAUCUGCCCAAGCGAUGCCAUCAUUGCUCGCUGAUGAGGUCGUCAGCUACGCACCAGGUGAGAUGGUGCCAUGGCACUUUACGCCAAGUAUCAUCGUUGCUUCCUUCUUCGCCAGUCUCAGUGGUACGCUGCUGACGAUCGAGCUACUUCAACGAAAACGUUUGGGCAAGUCGCUCAUGAGCAGCAUGGGUCUCAUCGGUAUAUGGUGCAUGCACUUCAUCGGAAAUCGAUCAAUCGCUCUGGCAGACGGUCAAAGUCGGCUACAGCUAGUGUACAACCCUCAGUACACUGGGUUGUCGUGUGUUCUGCCAGUCAUUGGCCUAACCAUAGCUUUUCAGACUGCUGAGAUCAACAUCAACUCUUUUGUCUGGCGAAGGCUUCUUGACGUUGCCUGCGGUCUCAUGGCUGGGUUGUCCAUCGUUGCCAUGCAUUAUGUGGGAAACCUUGGAAUCUCAAAUUACACGCUGACAUAUCCGAGACGUUAUAUCAUCGCGGCUUGUAUCAUUGCUGUCGGCGACUCAACAAUCGCUCUUGCAUUGUUCUUCUACUUCAAGGAAAGAUGGAUUAGCGUUUGUUGGAAGCGCUGUCUGUGUGCACUUCUGCUUGCAGUUGGAGUCUGUGGUAUGCAUUUUACGGCAUCUGUCGGCUGCCAAUAUCAGCUCAAGCAGAUACCAUCAGAAGCGGCACCUGACGCAAGAAACACGCCUGUCAUUGUGGCAGCUACUAUGUGCUUCGUAGCAUCUUUAUCCUGUCUUUUGAUUCUUUUCUACGUUCGUUAUCGUAAUGCCGUCGUCGCCAACAGAGCUCAGCAUAUGAUGCUAGCGUGUGCCUACUUCGAUGAACAUGGCAAUAUCAUGGUUACGAAUGAAGGGACUCUACCUUCGCAAAGAAUUGCCAAACGCUUUGUGCUUCAAAAAUUCGACGACCAUUUUGGGAUACACCAUCCUGUCUGGUUUUGGAUCUGGAAAGUGAGUAGCGAUUGGAACAGUGUCGCAGAUCUUAUUCCCAAGAUGCGAGCCCACCUUCAAAGGACGAACGUCAAUAGUGGCUACAAUACAGCAGCAUCAAGCAGGAGUAGUAUCUACGAUGAAGAGAGCUACCACGACUCGACCGUCUUGUUUCGAGAAGGAUAUUGCGUGGCCGCAGCCGAUCUCGCCGCACAGCUGCAAGUGCCUCUUGUGGAUGGGCUAGGUCCCCUUNACGAUCAGGUCUUGGGUACGGGUCUCUUGACGGCAUAUCAACACGGCCUCAAGGCCCUCGAUAACGGCACUACCCAACAACUAACAAUCUUUGAGAAAGGCCAGCUGUUGUUCUACACUCGCAGGUUGUCCCCUCCUGAGAUAGACCAUUAUACCGCGGCUGGAUUCAGAUUCGCUCCUUUGAAUCGCGUGGAAGGUGCCAUCGCAAACACAAUGCAGAUCCCGAUUGGUCUCCUCGCGAUACAAAUGCAGCGCGUCCAAGACUUCGCAUACAGAACGAGUGUGCCUUGUCCCCCAAAACAAGGCACCUUUUUCGUCUGUCUCGCCGCUCUUGCUCGAGUCCGCGAUAGCUUCCGUGUGCUUGUACCAAUAGACAGGCAAGACGAAUUACCGGACGUGCAGGUUUCUCCGUACCACAUGAACUCACGGCAGCUGAACUGGCUCAAGCGUUACAACGAUUGGCCAGCGGAGAGAUUCAUUUGGCAUAUCAAAUUGAAAGAGCAGAAUUGGAGCAUGUUGGACGAUGAUGAAGAAAAAGCGUUCUUGAUUAUGCUUCGGACAGCAUUGGGCUCACUCGUCACAAAAAUUGGAGAACGCUGGUUCAUGGACCUAGUGUUCUGCGCAGAACCAAUAAAGAUACGAUACGGCGCAAACAAGGCACAGAGAGAUGGUAUGACGAUGGUAUUUGGCUUUACUAGGUUGAUGGACAUUCACCAGCCGGCUCGCAAACUCCCUGCUGGCCUUACGCUCGCCAGUUGGGAUCUUGUCAGGAUGCGCCAACACUAUUAUCCUGGGUGCAAUGAUCAAGGCAGGGUUCGAAGAGAAGUUCUCGCAGAAUUUGGAACUCUGCUCGCGAAGCAUGAAGAAGCCAUCCGCUCAGAAGGGCAGCGAGUCAAGUCUCAGAAAUUCAGUCGCACACGUUCGGCUUGCUCGGGUGACAGCGGUGUGCUCAAGCAAGACUCUUGGUUUGAAGACAGGCAUGCGAAUGCAAGAAGAGGCUCAAUCGACUCGAUCGUUGGUCAUCCUCAAUCAUGGGGCGGUAUUCUGGCGACAACAGACACGGUCAUCGAGGGCGUUUCCAAGUCAGCGAUUGAGCUACGCAACCUUACUCCUCAAGUAACGGCAGGAGCUUCAGCCAUGGUGAUUGCAAAGGAGCCCAAAACAUUUGUUGAUUGCCUAUACGAACAGGCGAAGAGUCGUGCUGGUCUUGCAGGGCAUUCU